AUGUUGAUAACUAUACCCUUUACCUUAUCCUUAUCUCAUCUAGUAUCAAGAUCGUUAAAAGAAAACGAGAGAUACGCAUUAAGCUGUGGAUUGAUGUUCUUGUUUGAGUUCUCAUUCUUAUCCCGUAGAAAAGCCACUUACAUCUUCGCUAAUUUUCGUCUCAUCUUAAUAUUCGUCACCAUUUUUAUACUCGUCAGUUACUUUUAUAGGACGAAAUCGAAAAUACCGGGACCCUUUUGUCUGCCGUUAGUGGGAUAUCUGCCUUUUCUCGGUUCGAACUUUCAUUUAAAAUUUACUCAACUGUCUAAACGAUACGGCCCCAUAUAUCAACUAUAUUUAGGGAGCAAGAGAGUUGUCGUAGUUUCCAAUCCCACUCUCAUAAAAGAUGCCUUUCGAAGAACCGUCUUCUCGGGACGUCCCAAUACAGAACUUACAAAAAUGGUCCAAGGUUACGGUAUUGUAAAUUCCAACGGUGCUCUGUGGAAAGAACAAAGGGCAUUUUUGCAUUGGGCUCUGAGAGAAAUUGGAGCCAAAAAUUGUGGUCCUAGACGAUCAAUUUUAGAGGAGUGCAUAAAAGAAGAAGUGGACAAGUUCUUGAAGAAUUUGGCUCAUCAAAGUGGAAAGACUUGUCAUAUUCGCUCAAUAGUAGUCAGAUGUGUCAGCAAUGUCGUAGGUUCGCUUCUGAUGAGUGUCAAAUACAGCGAAGGAGAUUCGCGGUUCCCAAGACUUUUAGACUUAGUUGAAGAAGGAUUUCGCUUGCUAACGAUUGCCAUCCCUGUUAAUUUUAUACCCCUGCUUAGAUAUUUUCCUUUAUGCAGCUAUCCGUAUUAUAAAUUGCAAAAAAACAGAAAAGAAACGGAAUCUUAUUUUCAAGAAGUCGCUAACGAUCAUCGAAAAUCGCUAAACUUCGAAAAUGCUCGCGAUUUUAUCGAUAUGUAUUUAAUUCGAUUGAAUAAAAUUAAAGAAGAGCAUAAAUUUUCUUAUUUUUCAGAACAACAACUCUUGCAGAUUUUGGGCGAUAUGUUCAGCGCCGGCUUGGAAACUGUCACUACUUUGUUAGAAUGGUCUGUAAUCUAUAUGGUGGUCUACAGAGACGUCCAGAAGCUGGUUCAAAGAGAAAUGGAUGAGAAAAUCGGCAGAGAGAGGCUUCCGACAUUAGCCGAUCUUCCGAAUUUACCAUAUACAGAAGCCACGAUAUUGGAAAUUAUGAGAAGAGCCAACGUCGUAGCAAUUGGUCCAGCUCAUGCAACUUUACAGGAAACGGAAUUAGGCGGUUAUAAAAUUCCAAAAGGUACUCACAUAGUCCCUAAUUUAUGGGCGGUUCAUAUGGAUCCAAAAUUAUGGCCAGAACCCGAAACUUUUAAACCGGAACGCUUUUUGCAAGACGGAAAAGUUCACGUUCCCAGUUAUUUUAUGCCAUUUUCUGUUGGACGAAGAAGAUGUGUAGGAGAUAUUUUAACAAAGAUGGAAGUGUUUAUGUUUCUCUCGAGUAUGCUCCACCAAUUUCAUGUGGAAAUUCCCGACGGAGAAAAACCUCCGGAACUAAAUGGAAAAGUUGCUGCUUCAUUAACAUCCAUUCCUUAUAAAGUUUGCGUACAUCUGAGAGACUCUUUACUUCUUUAA